GUAAAAAUUGCCACUAUUGAGGUAGACGAAAAAGUAACCCAGUUAGCCCGCGAAAGUAAACACCGCGAAAAAGAACUAGAACGCAAACUAGCCGCAGAGCAAGCCGAACGCGAGCGAAUAGAAAAAGAAAACCAAAAGCGAAACCAAGAACUAGCCGAACAGUUAGAAGCCUUACGCGAAGCCAGUCCGGAAAUAGUAAAUCAGUAUACUCUUACUGAAAAUUCUUGGCGGAAACUUUCUACCCAAGAGAAAGAAGCCUACGGCUGGGUCACUAGUAAUCAGGGCGGUUCUUGGCAAAUCCAAACUGAAAUAGACCGCGAAAAAGUUAGCCAGUCCCUAGCCAAAAAAUUUGCUUUUACUAACCAAAAUUUCGGAGUAGAGGCUUACCUAAAAGAGGAAUUAGCAAAGAAACUAGCAGCAAAUGAACCCGAAAAAAAGCAACCGCGAAAGAAAAAAGAAACACCCCAGCCUACUGCUACUAACUGGCUAACUCGGCAAAUAGCCAAAGUUAGGCAAUUGCCAGGUGCUACCGCAGCACUAUCUAUUCCCUG